AUGAUUGAUACUCAAUCACUUCCCCAGAUUCAGGACGAGCCUACGGAAUUAAGCUUCGUAGGCUCGGACAAUUCGCUCAGCUUCUCUCCCACAGACUUCGAGGCCUUGUCCGCAGUGACAUACUCUCAGGAUGUGGAUCAGAACCUCAUAGACUCAUGGCCGAACGAGAUCGUUUCUCUUGGCCCUUUGAUGGAUCAAGAGGAUGUCCUUGGCUUGGCUAUGAACUCCGUAACUCCAGCUGUGGACGACUUCUCUGGCCUUGACUUCGCAGCGCCGAUUAUCGGGAUGAAUUCGCAUCUCAGCGACGUCGAAGCAGCUCCCUUUGACCUUCCAUCCUCGCCUGUAUCUCUUCUAGAUCUUCCUGAAUCCGCAUAUGAGGUGAUUCCAGGGUAUGUAUCGCUCUCUGGCUCCCCAGACCCCACAUCCACUCUAUAG